AGUGGCGCGGGCGCGAUGGCGGCGGCCGGGGCCCCCGCGCUGUGGCGGCGGCUGUCGGCGCUGCUGCCGCGGGGGGCCCGGCCCGGCCUGGCCGCGCUGCUCGGCCGCCUCGCCGACCGCCUGUCCCGGGGCCGCGACCGCCGCGCCCGCAGAUCAUCAUGGCUGCUCUUGGCACCGUUGCUCACCCCUGCUGUGCCCUUGCUCACGUCCCCUCCUUGCUGCCUGUGCCCAGAGGGAGCCCAUAGGUUCCAGUGGAUCAGAAAUGUGGUUCCAGAGUUCGGGAUCUCCAGCUCUCAUGUCAAGGUGCUCUCGUCCCCAACUGAGUUCUACGAGCUCCUGAAGGCACAGAUCAAGGCCGCUAAGCAGCGAGUGGUGAUGGCUUCACUGUACUUGGGAACAGGAUUCCUGGAACAGGAGCUGGUGGAUUGCUUAGAAGAAAUGUUGGACGGGUCGCUGCAGGCAAGUGGAUCAUCCUCUGAUCUCAGGGUUUCCAUCCUCCUGGACUUCACAAGGGGAUCUCGCGGCAGGAAGAACUCCCGAACCAUGCUCCUCCCACUGCUAAGAAGAUUCCCAGAGCAAGUCCGUGUGUCCCUCUUUCACACACCCAACCUCCGUGGACUGCUGAGACUCUUAAUCCCUGAGCGUUUCAAUGAGACCAUUGGGCUGCAGCACAUCAAGGUUUAUCUCUUUGAUGAUAAUGUGAUCCUGAGUGGCGCGAACCUGAGUGACUCGUACUUCACCAAUCGUCAGGACCGUUACAUACUCCUUCGGGACUCUCCUGAGAUCGCAGAUUUCUUCACAGAGCUCGUGAAUGCAAUUGGAGAUGUGUCUCUGCAGUUGCAGGAAGAUGAUACGGUCCAGAUGAUAGAAGGGAUGGUGCAUCCUUACCAAGGAGACAAGAUAACAUAUUGCGAGAUGGCAAAUAAGAGAGUCAUGGAAGUGAUCAACUCUGCCAGGACACGACAAGAAUUCCUCCAUGCAGAGACUUUCCACAGCAGCCAGGGAGAUCACUGCUUCUCCCAGCAAGAUCUAUAUGCGAGUGGGGAUGUGAAACCGAAGCCAGACACAUGGGUUUAUCCGCUAAUCCAGAUGAAGCCCUUUGGGAUUCAGAUAGACGAGAUGGUCACAGAGACACUACUGACAGAGGCAGAGCGGGGUGCCAGGGUGUACCUCACUACCGGCUACUUUAACCUGACGCAAGCCUACAUGGAUUUAAUUCUCGGCACCAGGGCAGAGUAUCAGAUUCUGCUGGCUUCGCCAGAGGUGAACGGGUUCUUUGGUGCCAAAGGGGUGGCUGGUGCCAUUCCUGCUGCCUAUGUUUACAUUGAGCACCAGUUUUACAAUGAGGUGUGCUGCCUUGGCCAGCAAGAGAGGGUCAGACUGCAGGAGUACUUCAGGAAUGGAUGGACUUUCCAUGCUAAAGGCCUCUGGCUGUACCUAGCAGGAAGCACUCUGCCCUGCCUAACCCUGAUUGGCUCUCCUAAUUUUGGGUACAGGUCAGUUCAUCGGGACUUGGAAGCUCAGGUUGCAAUUGUGACGGAAAAUAGAGACCUGCAACACCAGCUCCAUCAGGAGCAGGAGCAGCUCUACCUCAGGUCGGGCAUGGUGUCGCCAUCUACGUUUGAGCAGCCGAGUCGCUACGUGAAGCUGUGGGUGAAGCUGGUAACGCCUCUGAUCAAGAACUUCUUCUGAAGGCAUGAAGGGAGGCAGCUUGGGGUUGAAGGUCCAGACGUAAGUGGGGCCACGUAUCCGCGUCUUGUAGACGGGGCACUCGUAGACGUUCUUGGUGUCCAUGCGGUCCACGGG